AUGGCGAAGGGCACCGUGAAGCGCAAGGCGACGCCGUCGUCGCUGCGGAAGAAGAAGGCGCAGCAGCGCAUUCGAAAGCAAAUCCGGUCGAAGUUGCAGAAGAAAAAGCCGAACUGGAAGACGGCCCUGGCGAAGGUGUACACGCGCGGCAAAGACAAGGGCGGUAAGGACAAGGCGACGGCGACCCGAAAACGGAGCCGUCGUGAGGCUGACGACACAGAGGAGAACACCUUCAACUUUAAGCGCGACGGCGAGGAUGAAGACGGCGAGGUGCAGAGUGACGUGGACGAGGAGAAGGAGGAGCGCAUGAACCAAAUUGACCCCUUAGAGACCCAACUCUUCCUUAAAAAUCUGCCGCUCGACACCAACGAGGAGGAACUCAUGACAUACUUCAAGACUCAUUUUGCCCCCGUGAAGCGAGUGCUGCUUGUGCGCAACCGGGCGAGCAAGACUCUCUCCGGCACCGGCUUCGUGCACUGCAAAACGGCAGAGCUGGCGACGAAGAUUUUUGAGUACGCGCAGCAGAACGCACGCGAGGUGUCGGCGACCGGCCGCGAGGAGAUGAAGGCGAAGACAGAGGGAAUUUCGCACCACCAGGCGAAACGCAUGCUGCACAAGAUGCGCACCGACAGCUUCAUUGUACGCGACCCCUUCCUAGAGAUGCGCGGCACGAAGUUUACGGUGCUGCGCGUGCUGUCGAGAAGCGACACGCAGGAGGCGGUGAGUGCGCAACAGAAGAAGAAGAAGCGUACGAAGGUGGCCGCGGACGACCCGCGCAACCUGUACCUCCUUCAGGAAGGUCUCAUCCUGCCAGACUCGCCCGCCGCGAAGGGCUUGCACCCACGCUACCUGAAAAUGAUCGAGGACGACUACGCGGCGCGCAAGCAGCAGCUUACGAAUAGCAACUACUUUGUGAGUAAGACUCGCAUGAGUGUGCGCAACCUGCCGCGCACCAUGUCAGAAAACGACAUGCGCCGCCUCUUCGCGGAACAGGCGCGUCUAUACCUCAAGAAGCACCCCGACGAUACGGAGAAAGGCAAGUGGGGUAAGUACGGUCCGAUCCGCAACGUCAAGCUGCUGAAGGAUACGGCGGGUGUGUCGCGUGGGUACGGUUUUAUUGAGUUUGUCAACCACAACGUGGCCCUCCACACGUUGCGCGUGCUCAACAACAAUCCGACCAUCUUUGGCGAUCAGCGGCGCUUAAUGGUUUCGUUCGCGAUUGAAAACACGAACGCGGUGCAGAAGCUGCAGCGCAUGAAGGAGCUGAAAAAGCAGCGAAUGAUACGCGGACCGAGGGCCGGUACUGCCCCCAGGGCGAAGAAAGAGUAG